GAUUGACAAGACCACGAGGCUGAGCGCGCCCAGGAGAUUUUUCUAUAAAUGGCUUAAAACCCUAGUCUAGACUAUUUACUCAGAUAUAAGGGGGGACAAUUACCUUCUUGUUCUUUGCUGGUGAGCCCUGGCUCUGUAGGGCGACCCUGGAAUUUAACCGGUUGCCCUAAGCCAGCGGUGGAGGACGAAAACAGCUGCGUCGUCCGGAAGGGUAGAAAGUGAAGGACAACACUCCCAGGACGCUCUCCUUUGGGGCUGGUGCCUGGGUGCUUGAGCCUCCUUUCCCUGUUUGCUCCGGUACCUGAGCGGAGCCCGCGGUGGGAUGGACUGCAAUAACGGAUGCUCCCCAGAAUGUACUGGAGAAGCGGGAUCAAAGGAGGUGGUGGGGACUUUCAGGGCGAAAGAUCUAAUAAUCACACCAGCCUCCAUUUUAAAGGAAAAACCAGACCCGAGUACUCUGGUUUUUGGAACUGUGUUCACGGAUCACAUGUUGACGGUGGAGUGGUCCUCACAGUGUGGAUGGGAGAAACCACGUAUCAAGCCUCUUCAGAACCUGUCCUUGCACCCUGGCUCCUCAGCUUUCCACUACGCCGUGGAGUUGUUUGAAGGACUGAAGGCAUUUCGAGGAGUAGAUAAUAAAAUUCGACUCUUUCGGCCAGACCUCAACAUAGAUAGAAUGCACCGAUCUGCUGUGAGGGCCACUCUGCCGGUAUUUGACAAGGAAGAGCUUUUAGAGUGUAUUAAAGAGCUUGUGAAAUUGGAUCAAGAAUGGGUCCCCUAUUCAACAUCUGCUAGUCUGUAUAUUCGUCCCACGUUCAUCGGAACUGAGCCUUCUCUUGGAGUCAAGAAGCCUACCAAAGCCCUGCUCUUUGUAAUCUUGAGCCCAGUGGGGCCUUAUUUUUCAAGUGGAACCUUUAAGCCGGUGUCCCUUUGGGCCAAUCCGAAGUACGUGAGAGCCUGGAAAGGUGGGACUGGGGACUGCAAGAUGGGAGGGAAUUACGGCUCAUCCCUUUUUGCCCAAUGUGAAGCCGCGGAUCACGGCUGUCAGCAGGUUCUGUGGCUCUAUGGAGAAGAUAAUCAGAUAACUGAAGUUGGAACUAUGAAUCUUUUUCUUUACUGGAUAAAUGAAGAUGGAGAAGAAGAACUGGCAACUCCUCCACUAGAUGGCAUCAUUCUUCCAGGAGUGACGAGGCAGAGCAUUCUGGACCUGGCACACAAGUGGGGUGAAUUUAAGGUGUCAGAGAGGUACCUCACUAUGGAUGACUUGACAACAGCCCUGGAGGGGAACCGGGUGAGGGAGAUGUUUGGCUCUGGUACAGCCUGCGUUGUUUGCCCAGUUUCUGAUAUACUGUACAAGGGUGAGACCAUACACAUCCCAACUAUGGAGAAUGGCCCAAAGCUUGCAAGUCGGAUCUUGGACAAAUUGACAGAUAUUCAGUACGGAAGAGAAGAGAGCGACUGGACAAUCAUAGUGUCCUGAAUGGAAAAUACAGGAUAUCAUCUGUGUGCUGUUGAGACAGACUGUUGCAACUGAAUUACGACAGAUUUCUUUAGUUACCUGUUUUUAGUUGUGCAUAGUGUAGUUUGUAUUGUCGGUGUUACCUGGGUGAUUGUUUCCUCAUGCUAGAGAAGACGAAUUGCAAUCAAGAGCUAUUUUGUAAACUUGGUAGCAGAAGCUUACUUUACCUUCUCUUGGAAAGAUGAUCAUGUAAGCCAUAUAGCAUAGAAUUUUCCUCAAUAAUUGUAGUGCCUCCCUUAAUACUUUACUCAGAUACACAGGUGUUUGUUUAUUCCUUAGCAUAAGUUACAUUUUCCUCAACCAAAUGAGUUUGUGUUUGAAAACUGAUCUGAGUAAAUUUCAUGGGUAAUAUUUCCUAUGAUGUAUCUUCAUCUUCAGAAAAUGGUUCGGUUGUGUUUUGUUUUGUUUUUCAUAAUUAAGACUUUGAAAAACUGGUUCUCUGCCCUCCACAUUUUUUUUGCAGCCCCCCCGCAAUGUCCGUCUCAAGGUAAAUCUCUCCCCUUCUUCCUUCUUCCUGAUGUUGUCACAGUCUGCUCCAAGUUCUACUUGUGCAGCGGCAAGACCUGUGCACAUUUCCACCAUUGCCCUUUCUGCAGUGUGUUAUAAUUGGCUGUUUGUCAGGCUUCAGUACAAGACGGAGGGUCUUGUGUCUGAGAGAUCUUUGUGGUCCCCUGCCUGGCACAUAAUAGAUACUCAUUAAAUAAUGAAUAACAUUUAGCUUCUAUAGAAGUGUACCACCUUUGUUUCUAUAUUAUGAAACCUCUUUAUUAGAAUUCAUGGUUGAUUCUGACAUUGUGCACACAUACCUCAUAUUUUCUUUAUUUUCCAGGGACUACUAAGUCAUUAGAGAUACUCAAAGACAUAGCUUGUUGGAGGGCUUAUUUCGUAUUUGAAAACUGUCUUGAAAUUGAAAUAACAGCUCCAGCGAGGUCUUGCUAUCAUACCAACCAAAUGGAAAUGACAUUUGUUAGGUGUUAAGUACAAAAUAAAUCCUCAUCUCUAGCUUUUCGGUAGAAAGCAAAGAGGUAUACUUUGCUUUUUUAGGUGUUCAUUUCUCUUGAAUGGGGAUUGGAUCAUCACGUGAUUAGGGUGCAGGGAGAGCAAUUCUAGAUGUUAUUUUCCUCAUUUAGGAGUUGUGAGUUAGAAUUGAUUCCUGGUUUAUCUAGGGGAAAGUCAGAUCUAGCUAGAAAACAUUUACCCUUGGAAGGUCAACUCUCAGACAUUAUAUUUUGGUUUCCCUCAGUUCCAAUAACUUUCAUCUUGCUGAUCAUAUUUCAUUCUCUUUUCAGAGGAAGGGGAAAAAAAAACAUUCUAAAAGUUUGAUGUGUUAGAAAAAUUUCCUUAAGGCAUUUAGCAGCACAUAGCAAGUGGGGCUUUGAUUCUUUUCCAAGACUUUUGGCCAUAGGGUCCUUUUAGAUAGGAAUGGUAAAAUGAAAAUUAGGAAAGUAUAAGAUAAAAAGGAAUAGUAAAAAUAUCUUUUGGGGGGCUUUUAAUUGGUGAACUGAAAUCUUGGAAGAGUCUGUUCUUUUCAGGCCUCAAGGACUUUAACUGUCCUCUACACACAUUCACCAAAUUCUAAGGGUAUGCAUUUGCCUUGGCUAAAUCCUGUGACCUCGUUUUUAACUGAGUAGUCCAGAAAAGACUUAAAGGUAAUUCUAACCUGUCAAGUAGCACUUAAUAACUAGACUCACAUUUCUAUGACAAACGGAAAUCAUUUGUUUGCCAUAAAUACAUUUUAUACUUUGCAUCUCUAAAUUUAGUAUGGCAACACAUGUCCGUCGUAGAAGUUAGAGAACAAUAUGUCUUGACAUUAUGUCUCUAUAAUUUCUUUCAUCAAACCUUAAGAGCAUUUUAAGCCCUUUCUACCAGAUGGAGUGAAAACGAAGGAUAUACAUUUUAAAAAACUGGAGGUCUCCUAAAACAGAGAACACAAUCUGCCAUUCUCUUUUAAGUAAUAAGACAGAAAAUUGACCUUGACACUAACUUGUUAAAUAGAUUUAAAAGGAACAUCUGCACAUCUUUUUUCCUUGUGCACUAUUUGUUUAAUUGCAGUGGAUUAAUACAGCAAGAGUGACACAUUAUAACUAGGCAAUUAUCCAUUCUUCAAGACUUAGUUAUCCUAACACUAAUUGAUCAUUUAUGGCGUAAGAUAGUCUAGCAUUAGGAACAUGUGAGGCUAAUCUGCUCAAAAAGAUCAACAAAUUAAUAUUGUUGCUGAUAUUUGCAUAAUUGGCUGCAAUUAUUUAAUGUUUAAUUGGGUUGAUCAAAUGAGAUUCAACAAUUCACAUGUGCAUGAAUAUAAACAGAACUGGUGGCACUUAGAAUGAUAAUGAUUAACUUAUUUUGCAUGUUCUCUUCCUCCCACUUUUUUUUUUUUUUCAGUUUUUACAUUUCAGACCAAGUUUGUCAGCUUUUUCCUAAACACAUGGGUAGAAACCAGGAUUUUAAAAUGAAGUGUUCAGACAUAAACAAAACUUGGGCAUUUCCUAAAGAGACUUGCUGUUAGAAAUGUUCUUGGUUACAGUGAUUUAUUAAGGAUUCCAUUCAUGACGCACCCAAAGAACCAGCCACUGCAAGGGUAUGCAGCUCACUCUCUGGGACCUGCAACCAGCAGGAAUGAAUACACUAAUCCCUAUUUUUACCUUUGCUUUCAAAAACGCAAAGGAAGGAAAAAAGGGAAAGAAAUAAGAGAAAACUUGUUAGG